AUGCGUCUGACUAACGCACUUCUACGGCAGCAUAUUGAUUUCUUUUUCAAGAAGCAUUGGCUUCGACAAGGAAAACGAGUGCCGAACAGCACUGGAGCCGAGGAAGAAUUAGUCGCUCGCGGCAUUUCUGUAGUGGAUCCAAAGACGCUUAUCAAAGAAGUACGUCCUCGGGAAAAGUUCAACAUUCCCGGCAUGGUACCACCGUCGGUAGCUUUCGAUGAAACUCAUCCAUUGUGGCAUUCGCAACCGGCGUACGUGUUUGGUAACACGAAUCUCUUGUUGGAAGGAGUCCGCCAGGCACAGAACAUAUUGAACACGACGGUUUUUGAUGAACUGCCUAUGAAACUCGAAGAAAAACUCGAAAAAACAAAGCUGACCACCCAACUGGAUCGAUCGAUGCAGCAGGCUGUACUGUCGGCGUUGGUGUUCGAUACGGAACAAGUAAAAACGGCUGUCGUAAAAGUACCAGAACGUCCAGCAUUCAAACUACCUCGCACAUAUGGCAUUUCCGAGGGACGGAGAAACAAAUUAAUUCUAUCGAAGCUACUCACUCAUUGUGAACGUUUCGCUGGCUGGACCGUGAACGCCAACCGAAGAGUUGUCUACGAUACUCGUGUUCUUGUUCCGCUGGUAAAAGCUGAUGAAAAAAUUCUACUGAAUGUAACAACGGAACAAAUGAUCAUAUCACAUGAGCCUUUGGAGCCUCUCGAUACUUCUGUUUACCGACCACUCGACCUGGAAAUUCCCUCUUUGUUUCCAUUGAAAGAAACGGUUUCGCUACCAGUGGAAAACAUUUACGAUUGGAGGAACGAUUAUCCCAUUAGUCGCAAUUAUCAGCUGUCCCAUCCUCACACAGUGCUGAUCCACUGCUCACCGAGCGACGUGAAGAAUAUUACUGAGCUUCCGGUUUCGCGCGACCAGAUCGAAGCUCGAACGAUGAUGAAAGCUUUCGCCGUAGCGGCUGCCCGAGCCCGUCAGCUAUACGGUGACGAUGUAACAGCGUUGCCCCAUCCAGUCACAGUGCAAGCCAUUCAAACGGACAGUAAGACGUUCCACUUUAGUGUGUAUCAGCUGAAUACACUAGAUUUGAGCUCAACUACCGACAGGAAUAUGUGGUUCCGUAAGUCACCGCUCGAUCUUUACACCCAAUGCGGCUACAUCGUUGGCAAGCCUACCCUGGAGAACUACAACAAAGAUGUGCUGCGGUACUUUGCAACAUUCUAUUCAAACUAG